AUGAAUACUCCUUCAGCAAAUAUCCUGUUCAAAUGGAAGUAUUAUCCACACGAGAGGAUUGUAAACAGGACGAUACUCCUUUCACACCAUUACUCUUCCAAAAAAUCGUACUCCAUAAGUAAUCUUACUCAUAAAGGCAGAAUACUUGACAAAUCAUGCUUUCGUCUGUCUAAUAGCACUCCAGGUGAUCCUUAUAGCUCCACUACUCAUACUUUCAUAGAACAGUAUUAUGGGGACUUCCGGACUCCUCACCAUUGA